CUUGUGCGGCCGCGUCGAGCUGCUGCUGCGGUGCUGCGGCCGCGCUCCUCCGCCCCUCAUCGGACCCCUAGCUCCGGCACGAUCGAACCUCCGCCAACGCCGGAGGCCCCGAAUCUCCUCGCGUUUGAAGCAACUGUGCUGCUGGCUCGUCAACUUCAGCCAUCGAGAAGAUGGGUGGAAACAAGAACCCAAUUGUCUUUCUGGACGUAUCAAUAGCUGAUGGGCCUGACGAAAGAAUGAUAUUUGAGCUGUUUGCUGAUGUUGCUCCCCUGACAGCUGAGAACUUCAGAGCAUUAUGCACAGGUGAGAAGGGAAUCGGACAGACAACUAAGAAGCCAUUAUAUUAUAAGGGGUCAAUAUUCCACCGUGUCAUCAAGGGGUUCAUGGCACAAGGUGGUGACUUCUCAAAUGGAAACGGAAAUGGUGGAGAAAGUAUAUACGGCGAACAGUUUGAAGAUGAGAAUUUUGUGCUACGCCAUGAUGACCGUGGUCUUUUAUCAAUGGCAAAUGCUGGACGUAAUACCAAUGGUUCCCAGUUCUUCAUUACUUUCAAGCCUAAUGCACAUCUUGACAGGAAGAACACUGUUUUUGGUAAGAUUAUUCUUGGAAAUGAUGUGCUGAAGAGGAUUGAGCUUGUUGAUGUGGACAGUUCUACUAAUAUGCCUCUUGCUCCAGUAAGAAUAGUGGAUUGUGGGGAGCUUGUUGAUGGUAAAAGUCGUGGAUCUGUCACAACUGAAAACGAUAAGAAGAAAUUUAAAUCAAAGUUGUCCAAUAUUUCAUCUGAUGACGAAGCUAAUGAAGAAAAACACAAGAGCCGUCGCAAGAAAUCUUCAAAGAGGAGAAAGAAGAAGAGGAGAUAUUCUUCUUCAGAAUCAGACAGCUCGUCCGAGUCUGAGUCAGAUUCUGAGAGUGAUUCAGAUUCUUCCAGUGAGUCAUCUGACAUCAGCAGCUCAAGUGAUGAAAAGCGAAAGCGCAGGAGGAGACACUCCAAGAAGGAUAAACGCAAGCAUGGAAAAAGAAAGCGAGACCGCAGGCGCGAGAAAAGACGUAGAAAGCGUGACAAGAAAUCAAAGCAAAAGUUGAAAAGGAUGGAAGAGAGUGAUAGUGAAACUGGAAAUGCGAGUGAUAGCGGCGCUGAGGAUGCUAGGAAAAAGCGGCACCGUCAUGGAGGAAAAUCUAAGGCCACAUCUCACGUUUCUGCUGAAAAUCACACAGCAGUAUUUGCUUUGAAGGAUGCCACUUCAACUCAGGAAAAGAUUGCAACACCAGCAAGGAGUCUAGCACAAGAAGACAAAUCUCAACUGGAAAAUGGGGAGAUGCGCACAAAUGGUGUUACCAAUUCAAGAUCUGAAAGGAACCUUGAUACUGUUCCUGUUCUAACUGGCAACCGAAGCAAAUCUAGGAGCCAGAGCAUGAGUGCUAAUCACUCAAUGAGCAAGAGUAUGAGUGUAAGUCCGAGAAGCCCAGUCAAAAGGUCAUAUGUCAGCCCGGAGAGAUUGGUAAGCCCGAGUCCUGUUCACCCGAGUCGUAGUAGAAGUCCUGUCCAUGCUCCCAAACAAAAAGAAAGCAGGAGCCCACCCCGACGGAGGAAUAUCAGCACGAGCCCUCAUCGGAGAAGCCUCAGCAAGAGCCCACCUGGAAGUGCAGGCAGAAGCCCUGUUGUCCGCAGGAGCAGGAGUCCUGUUGAAGCUCGGACAAGAAGCAUUAGCAGGAGCUCGGUUAGAUCCUUCCAACGAAGAAGUCUGAGUAAGAGCCUGGAAAGAACUCAUGUGCCGAAAAGCAUCAGCCCAAGCCCCACACCUAUGGACAAGGGAAGAAGCGUUAGCCGAACUUCUGCAAGAUCUCCAUUGCAAAAGGGUGUCAGCCGGAGCCCAGAUCUGCCUCCCAGAAAGACUGCAAGCAGAAGCCCUAGAAGAAAUCCUCGUAGAAACUUCAGCAGGAGCCCUGUGGGAUUAUCUAGAAGAAGCCCGACCCCUGUGAGAGGUGGUCGAUCUCGCAGGAACACAAGCAGAAGUCCUAGCCCACCUCGCAGGGCAGUAUCACCAGCCAAUCACGGUAGGAGCCCAUCGAGGAGUGUCUCUCCUGAUGGAUCAAAACGCAUAAAAAGGGGGCGGGGUUUUACUCAACGUUACUCAUUUGCAAGACAAUACCGUUCUCCUUCUGCUGAUCGUUCUCACCGUUAUGGUGGAAGAGGUGAUCGUGACAGGUAUAUGAGUCACCGAGGCAGUCGUUAUCGUUCACCUCCAAGGCGGUACAGAAGUCCUCCUAGAAGAGCAUCACCGAGGCCUAACAGGUACAGAAGGAGGAGCCGAAGUGUGUCACGCAGCCCGCCUGUUCACCGAGACCGUGGAAGGGGAGGUGGCUACAGCAGGAGUCCAGCACGUAGUCGUUCGCCUCCUGCCGUGAGACCAAGAUCACGUGCAAGGUCAAUCUCCAGGAGCAGGAGCCUGUCUGGGUCAAGAUCAAGGUCCCCACCACCUGUCCAAGAUCGCUCUCCCCUUGCCUCGCCAUCUCCGAAGCGUGCAAGUAAGGAUAGGUCCCCAUCUAUGUCGAUCAGUCCUGAAGGAAAGAAGGGCUUGGUUUCCUACGGAGAUGGCUCCCCCUCCCCUGGGAAGUAGGGGGUACAAAGAAGGCAUUUACUAGGUUCAGUCUAUCUGCAUUCCAUGUUCAAGUUGGGCCUCUGUUUGAGAAGCUGUUCUCCCCUGCUGUCGUUCAGCACUUUUGAAAUGUCACAUGUGUUCUUUGGGACGACUGAAUUGUGAAUCGGUUGAAUUAUCUUUGGACAACCAUAAUCUGAGGUUAGCAUGUGGUUCUGUUCAGUACGCACAAACAUUUUCUUGCGGCAGUUCUUAUUACUGGUGCCAAUCAUGGUUUUGUUAAAGCUGCUGAAUGUAGUAAUUCUAUUGAGAUACUUUACACUUUUGACGAAUAUAUGCACCUGAGUCUCUCGUAUGGGUCA